AUGGACCGCUCGCUUGACCCAUAUGUCGUCUGCAGUAUGAUCUACUGUCAGAUAAUGCCAGGACACAAAACUGAAUACUUCAACUGUGUAUUGUGCUCUAAAAGAACAAAACCCAAUGACAGGAGGCAUCUUGACAAAGGCAUACGAAAAUAUUUAAGAAAAAGGUUUAUGGUAGAAGGAAGGGAAAAUUCUGUCAUAUGCAGCAAAUGUAGAAGCAAUUAUUACAGAGAUGUUUCAUGCCGUAAACCAUCUGCAACACCCUGCUCUACCGCAAUUCACAGGGAAUGUCCAGCGUCCGAAACAAAUGACAACAGAAAACAUCUCUCCAGUCCACCAUCUGUAUCCUUGCAACUGAAAUCCACUGCGAAGACUCAUGCCUAUUGUAUAGUUUCUAAGAAACCAGGGCCAAAAUUGAUAGUAGUGUCACCAGAAUGCCGCACAUCUGUUUUUAUCGAACACGAUGUCUUAAUUCCAUCUGGAAAUAGAUGUUGUCCUGGUCAUGUGGAAAAUGGACGUUUCACAACUGCUGCAAUUCAGCAAUUACCAACAACAGACCAUGCAUUUGUUAACAGAACUACCAUCCUAAGUUUACUUCAAGAGAUGCGUGUUUUAUGUCAUAAACAUGACAAGUCUUUUUUGGACUUUGAUGACACCAUGACUCUGACCGAUACAGACUAUUUAUCUUUGCUGGGACUCAACAAGGAAGAUUUCCAUACAAUAUGUGACUCUGUGAGAGAUGAAGUGAAACCGACACCAUCUAGAAGUCUAAGAAAAUCCGUUGCAAUAUUCCUGUGCAAAUUAAAAACUGGUUUGUCCAAUCAAAUACUGUCAACACUUUUCCAAACUUCCAAAUCCAGCUUAAGGAGAGCUAUUAGUGCUGUAAGAACAGCAUUGAUGAUCAGCUUUGUGCCGCACCAUCUUGGGUUUGAACACAUAAGAAGAGAGGAAGUCAUCGACGACCAUACACGGCAGCUAGCACAGACACUGUUCGGUAACAUCGAGAAGAAACAGGCCAUAUUGGUACUGGAUGGUACUUACAUUUACACAGCCAAGAGCAAUAAUUUCCACUUCCAAAGACGUUCUUACAGCAUCCACAAGGGGAGACCACUAAUCAAACCUAUGGUUAUCGUGACUACUACUGGUUACUAUGUUUCAAUCUUAGGACCAUAUCUAGCUGAUAAUAAAAACAAUGAUGCUUCAAUUCUGCAACAUAUCAUUAAAACAAAUGCUGAAGAUAUUCGGAGCUGGCUAAGUGAAGACGACAUCUUUAUUGUUGACCGCGGGUUCAGGGAUGCUUUGCCUCUUCUUGAAGACCUUGGAAUCCAGGCAGAAAUGCCCCGAUUUCUGCUCAAGGGACAAAACCAAAUGACUACUGAUGAUGCAAAUAUGAGCAGACUUGUGACAAAGGUCAGAUGGGUAGUGGAAUCUUCAAACGCACGUAUCAAAAGGUGGAGAUAUUUAGAGAAGACUCUACCCACGAAUCAAAUUCCCUUCAUCGGUGACUAUGUGAGGAUAGUCUGCGCUCUCUCAAACAGAUUCUCUCCACCCCUGAGUAAAAGUAACAGCACUGAGGCUGAUGAUGCAGAGGCAGCAAAAAUGCUCUAUCUGUCCAAACAGGUGAAUAAUCUCAAACGAAUGGUUCAAGAGAAUGGACUUAACAGAAGAUCUACUCAAUGGCAAACAGUUCUUGAAUGUGAAAUUCAGAAUUUCCCCAUGUUGGAUGAGGAUCAGUUGCGGAAUUUGACUUGUGGCACCUAUCAAUUGAAGCUCUCUCGUAGCUAUAUUCAAGAACACAUUGAGGGAGGUUGUGAUAUUUCCUUCCAUAAAGAAAAUGAUAGGCUCCUAAAGGUAAAAAUUCAGAGUCGGCACACAUCAUCAAAACAGUAUUUAGUUUGGAUUGAGUAUUCUGAUGACUCUGUAGUAGCAUGGUAUUGUACCUGCAGAGCGGGUGCCAGAGUUGUAGGCAUGUGCUCUCACAUAGCAGCCAUCAUUUGGUACCUGGCAAAAGGAAGGCAUGAACAAAGGACAUAUGGUGUGCGUGACUGGAGUGAGCAUGUCCUUGAUGCAGCUGACAUCCCACCUGCUGUGGAUGAGUCUGACAGUGAUGACAGUAGUUGUGGAAGUGUUCCCGAGGAGUGA